AGGUGGAGGAAAAUCGUUCACUGCCUUGUGAGAACUUUCAACGCAACCUGUCCUAAUCACAAAGUCGGUUCCCUAAGCGUGUUGAACUUUCCCUUCUCUUCAUGACUGACCUCUGAGCCAAGCUUAGCCCAAUGAAAGGAAGAAAGAUUGCUAAUUGGACUUCAGACUCCUCCUUCUUGUUGUUGUUAAAUAAAUUUUAUCUGCUUCAAUGUCUGUGAUAAAAUUACUUGUGCAUUUAUCUUCUUUCCUGGUCGCUCAUUUAUUCAUAUCAGGUGUUGUUUCAACAACAUUUACAAUAACAAACAAGUGUAACUACACGGUUUGGCCAGGCAUUUCCUCACAAUCAGGUUCAGCAGCUCUCUCCACAACUGGUUUUUCCCUUGAAAAGAAUGAGUCAAAGACCUUAACAGCGCCGGAUUCUUGGACUGGACGGUUUUGGGGCCGCACGUACUGCACCGAAGACUCGUCAGGAAAUUUCUCCUGCAUCUCAGGCGAUUGUGGCUCCGGAAAACUAGAAUGUUCAGGCAACGGUGGUGCUCUUCCUGUGACGUUGGCAGAGUUUUCGCUUCGUGGUUUUAAUGGCCUUGAUUUUUUUGAUGUUAGUCUUGUUGAUGGCUUCAACCUGCCUUUGCUUGUUGUGCCUUCUCGUCAGAACUGUACAAGCACUGGAUGUGUGGCGGAUUUGAACGAAUCAUGUCCGUCAGAGCUUAGGGUUACCACUAGUACAGAAGGCAAGACUGCGGCAUGCAUGAGCGCGUGCCAAGUGACUAAGUUGUCGAUGUUUUGUUGUACUAGUAAUGCUACAUGCAAGCCUUCUUUGUAUUCUCAAUUCUUCAAGAAUGCCUGUCCACAAGCUUACAGCUAUGCUUAUGAUGAUCAAACUAGCACCUUCACUUGUGCAUCCACCGAUUAUCAAGUUACAUUCUGCCCAGGCAACACAACAGUUAUUACAGAAAACAAUUCUCGUCCAUCACCAGGGGAGAUAGCACCAAUUCCUCCACCAGAAAUAAGGCCUAAUACCACUUCAAGAAGACAUUGGGUGCCAAUUAUAGCAGGAAUUGUGGGUGGUGUUCUUGCCAUCAUUUCUUUUGUAGUUAUUAUUGUUUGGAGGGUUAGGUUGAGCAAGUCUAAUGAUACUGAGGAGGAUGUGGAAGAUGAUUAUAUAAAGCAAGUUCCAGGAAUGCCUGUCAGGUUUUCGUAUGAAGAUCUACGCGUUGCAACCAAUGAUUUCAAGGAAACACUAGGAAGAGGAGGCUUCGGGUCUGUAUUCAAAGGAGUACUUGCAGAUGGAACAGGAAUUGCUGUGAAGCGUUUGGAUAAAUUAGGCCAAGGAAAGAGGGCGUUUUUAGCAGAAGUUGAGACGAUUGGAAGUGUGCACCAUUUUAACUUGGUAAGGUUGAUAGGAUUUUGUGCAGAGAAAUCGUAUAGGCUUUUAGUAUAUGAGUACAUGAGUAACAGUUCAUUGGACAAUUGGAUUUUUAAGAAAGUACAAGGAUCUUCCCUGGAUUGGCAGACACGAAAGAAGAUUAUACUUGACAUAGCAAAGGGGAUGGCGUAUCUUCAUGAAGAAUGCCGGCAGACCAUAAUGCAUCUGGAUAUAAAGCCGCAGAACAUACUCUUAGAUCCAAAUUUCAAUGCCAAAAUCUCUGACUUCGGGCUAUCCAAGCUGAUUGAUAGGGAGAUGAGCCAAGUUCAGCUCUCAAUGAGAGGAACCCCUGGAUAUCUUGCUCCAGAAUGGCAUCAAGAAUUAGGUCGCAUUACAGUAAAAGUUGAUGUAUACAGCUUUGGAAUUGUUCUCCUGGAAGUAGUUUGUGCACGCAGAAGCGUUGAUCACUCACAACCAGAGUCUGCCUUCCAUUUGCUUAGAAUGUUGCAGAACAAAGCUGAAUACAUUUUGAAAUUUUUAGACGAAUAUAUGCAGAGUGAUAGAGAUGAAAUUAUCAGGAUGAUAAAGAUUGCUGCUUGGUGUUUGCAAGAUGAUCCAGAAAAAAGGCCUCUCAUGUCAACAGUUGUAAAGGUGUUGGAGGGUGUAAUGGAGGUAGAUUCAAACCUGGUGUAUAAGUUUUCACAUGCAUUGGCACCACCUCCUGUUGCUGAUGACUAUAUUCUUUCAGCACCGCCACCAGCAUCAGUUCUUUCUAAUCCUAGAUGACGUUGUAAAGAUCUUUCAUUUUUGCUAGCGAAAAAAAUUAUCAAACUUGUCAUCACUUAAACUACUCUGGUCUCUACCAUGUCAUUUUAACCAACGCAUAUGUUGUUUUGAGUGACUGAUUUUUGUAGUAACAUUCAUAAAUUAUGAUUUGAGGAGUUGUUUGAAGUUGUAAACCAA